AUGGAUUGCGCUUGCGUUUGGAGCAGCUUGAUGAACGCCAUCGGCCGUCUAGCGACGGGGGCGAGCUCAAUAAACGAGGGUCUGGCGGAGUUGCCCACCGAUCUUGGUUUGUCAUCGCGGAGUUCGACUUUGAUGACCUACUCUGCGCUCCUUUUGUUGGCAGUGCUCCUUCUGAACUCAGGUAAGAUUUAUGAUGGAGUAAUUCGACAAUUUGGUAGGACGGCUAGUGGGAGACAAGCCUCCAAGACCGAACAGCCAGCAGCCGCCUCCAUCGGCAACCACGUGAAGGGGCUGCGGCCAGGGGGUUGUUUAUUCUCGUAG